AUGGCGUACGAUUACCACUCACCACUCGAAAACGCGGACGAAGAGCUGGUAAAGUUCAAGAACCCGUACCUCAAAAGCAUGAGAGAUCAGAGCAUCUGUACCAUCUGGCACACCGACGCGCCUACAGAUUACAUACACAGCGCCACCACUUUCCUCGAAGCCGAAUACGCAAAUCCCGAUUCGCCCAUUCACCAAGACCCUCCACUACCUACCCUACCGAACCCCGACGACAACUCACUCAGGCCCCUCAAGACCGACGACGACGUCUUCGACGCUGCUCGCAUAUGGCUAAAAUGUCCUCUCGAUCACGCCAUCGUGAUGAAAUAUCCUACUCAACUGGCGCAACGCAACGGUGGGUGGACGAGCCGAAAGCGUAUAAAUGCCCGUGUAAGCUUGAUCAAAAUGCGCGUCGCCAGUACUGUCCUCGCCCUUUCCUCCGCCGCAUCAGGCUUUAUUCACCCUCGUCAAGCCUCCUAUAACGAGACGAGCUCUACGCCUAAUGUCGCGGCCGCACAAUAUGACGGAACCUGUUUCUACCCCGUCCCUGAUUCCAAGUUCAACCUGAACGCGUAUCUCGGUACCUGGUAUCAGGUAGCUGGUACGCCAUUCGGUCCUACGGCCGGGGCGCGCUGCGUCAGCGCAAAUUACGAACUUAACGAUAACGGUACGGUGCGCGUCACCAACACCGCGACUGUCGGCCCACGAACUGUCGACAUUGUCGGCACAGCCAAGCCCGUAGACUCUGCCUAUGGCACCGCCGGUGCUUUCGUUGUCAGCUUCCCUGGCACGCCAUCAACAGCAGAGUGCCCAGGACCGAACUACAUUGUGCAAGAUUACGCCGUCGAUUGGGCAAUUGUGCAAACUCAGAAGUGGAAUACGCUGUACAUCUUGAGCAGGGUGCGACAGCCAGCCGCUGAAAGCAUCGAUGCAUGGAUUGAUCGCGCUGUGGCUUUCGGAUCGAACGCAUCCUCGAUUAUGAAGUUCAACCAGACAAGCUGCGAGUAG